GGGUUUUUUUUUGUUGGUGUUUUGUUGUGUUUUUUUUCAGGGCAGCUUCAGAAUUGUGAGUUUUGUGUGUAGCUUUCUGUUUUGUCCUCUCGGUAGUGCCCUUCUGGCAAGGAAUGAGGAACUGUCUACAAUCCCAGAGUGAAAAAGACUUCCAUCUAGGAUGAUGACAGAUUUUACAGGAGAGCAUAUGUGGUUACAAAUACAGCAUGAACUAAGCUUGAGAAAACUAAUAGAGGGUUCAGAGUAUCAAGAGGAACUGAAAUACGACUUCAAUAUAAAAGGGGAACUGAGGCAUUUGGAUACAAACGAGUCCUUUGUUUUCAACUAUUACAAGAAUGCACAUGAGCAGAAUCAUAAACGCUAUCAAGUUUUGGGACAUUUGAUUACCCAAUAUGUUUAUGAGCUCCUGGAAAGAGUCUGCAUGCUGCAGAAAGUUUAUAUUCCUACUGAUGCUACAGAGGUUGAACCAAGAAGCUUCUUUUUCAUGAGCAAGAAUGCACUAAGUUCCUCUAGCUUAAUUGUCCUUCUUCAAGACCACGGAGUUUUCUGUGCUGGACAGUGGGGGCAAAGGACAAUUGUCAGCGAGGGCCUGAGGCACGGAACACAAAUACCAUUCAUCAAAAUGGCUCUUCAAAGCCACAGGGGAGUGAUUGUACUGAAUCCCAAUGACAACUUCGUUGACCUGAAGACUGAAAAGGAGAGGUUAGGCUCUUCUACUAGGGAAGGAGCACUGACUUCUACGCAGUCCGUCUGGUGGAUCCCCAAAAGGGGCAGCAGCAGCCCCGAGGAGCAUACCAUGUAUGUAUGGGAUCAUUUCAUUUCAAAGAGCGCAGCCAAGAAUGUGGCCUUCAUUGCCCAUGGCUAUGGUGGCUUGGCAUUUGUUGAUCUGCUGGUGCAGAGAAAAUGGGAGGUAAUGAAUAAAGUGUACUCUGUGGCAUUCAUCGACUCCGUGCACAACACACAGCACCAGACUGGAAGUGAUCCACAAAUACAAGAAUGGAUACAGAAAUACUGCCGUGAAUGGGUGUCAAACAGUAAGCCUCUGGAUAAAGCUGUGGGUUCUCUUGUGAAAAUGGAUUGUCCUACUGUCUCUGCUGGAACGGAAAGGUAUGGUUUAGCACCCUCCUGCUGCUUACACGCCAUCUUUAAGUACCUGAAGAGCAUGCUGAAAGCGAAGACCACAACAUCCUUUAGGUAUUCACCUGUUGCAACCAGAAGCAGCACAAGUAAGAAGAGAGACAAUAAAUAAAGGUAUACUGAUUUGUUCUUUAUAGUGAUCUCUUCCUUUCAUAACUGCCUCUGCACCUUUCAGUUAUCUAAGGACCUUCAUCUCACUGUGGAGCAACUUACAGUUCUAAGUUUGAAGCUAGUUUGCUUUUGAGAAACAUGCAAAUACAAGUUAACUAUUAAGAAAGAAGUGCAUUGCUGAAAGCU